AUGACGGAGGUAUCAGCCACCCGGCUGUACUUGGGAAACCUCCCUCGCAAUGCUACCAAAUCCGACGUCGAGGCUCACUUCGCGACUCAUGGCACUGGAGAAAUCACCGAAGUGAAGCUUAUGAACGGCUUCGGUUUCAUCGAGUACAAGGACCCAAUGGAUGCCCGCGACGUUGUUCCAGCUUUCCAUGGUUCUGAUUUCAUGGGGGAACGACUUACCGUCCAGUUCGCCCGUGGUUCCCGGCAUCGCGAGGGCGGCAAUUUUGGCAACCAUGAGCGCACUGCGCCUCGGCCUCGCCGAACCCCUCAUCGAAUGCAGAUUACGGGACUACCAAAUGAUACCUCUUGGCAGGACCUCAAGGACUUUGCACGUCAGUCCAGCUUGGACGUGGUUUACUCCGAGACAGGCCGUGAUUCGAACGGCCGAGGAUUCGUUGAAUUCGAGACUGCUGCUGACUUGAGAACUGCUGUCGAGAAGCUGGAUGGUCGCGAGUUUAAGGGCCAGCGAGUCCAGUGUGUCGCCGACACUCAGCCGGACAUGCCUCCUCGCGAGCGCGGCCGAUCGCGCUCUCCUGGACGACGCCCUUACCCCCCUCCCGUGGACGAUUACGACCGCCGCGGUCCUCCCCGAGGUUAUAGCCCUCGUCGAGACGGAUAUGGCUACCGUGAUCGUAGUCCGCGUCGCGACUAUUACGACGACCGUGCUCGCUAUCGAUCCCCACCUCGUCGCCCUAUGGAGGAUUAUCCUCCCCCUCCUCCUCGCGGUCGAUACGAUGAUCCAUACCGACGCGAUUACCCUCCUCCCCCGCCUGAUCCUUAUGCCAAUGGGCGACCCCCAUACGACCGACCUCCUCGAGAUUUUCCUCCCCGAGAGGGUGGAUACCCACGAGAGGGUGGCUAUCCGCGAGACUAUGAUCGUGGUGGACGUUACUGGUAA